GUAGUGUUGGUUUUAACUUUACUGGCUAUGGAUUAUUAUUUGGUCGAAGUAUAUAGGACGCCUUAUUAUUAGAAAGCCCUCAUAAGAUGGUCAAAGUUUAUUGUACGGUAUGUCAUAAACGAUGUAAAGGUGAUGUAUUGAAAAUUGAACAACAAUUUGUUCAUUACAAAUGUUUUCAAUGUAUCAAAUGUUGUAAAAAUUUAAAACAAGGUGGAUUUUUUGUUAAAGAUAAAAAUUUCUACUGUCCAAAUGAUUAUCAAACAGAAUUUGGUGUAAGAUGUGAAACGUGUCAUGGUUAUGUAGAAGGUGAAGUUGUUACAGUAUUGGGGAAAACUUUCCAUACUCAUUGUUUUCGUUGUACAACAUGCAGACGUUUAUUCAAUUCAGGUGAACGAACCACCAUCGUGGAUGGAUCUUAUUAUUGUAUGUCAUGUUCAUCAAAUCUUACAAAUGGUGAUGUACUGCAUAAAACUGUCGAUAGUAACGCCCGUGAUAGUAGUGCUGCGGCUGCUACUAUUACCAAUGGAUCGAAUGGUGUCUGUUCUACUUCAUCUUCUCCAUCAUCUAAUUCUGCUUCAUCAAAAUCAGAUCACUUUAAUCCAUUAUCGUUGUCAACAUCUGGUCAUCAAUCACAAACAUUACCUACAAUAAGAACUUCUCCCACUUCUACACCAAUACAUCAUUCAGUUAAUCAUACUGACGGUAAUAACACUCAAAAUCAUAAUCAUUAUCAACAAAAUCUCAUUUCUGACGAUAAUCUUAAAUCAUUUACAUCUCUUAAUGAUCAACUUAGUGUACAAAUUCAUGAAAAUGGAUGUUCAAUUCCUGGCAGUGAAUAUCAUAAACAGAAGUUAGAAGAACAUGGGAUGGGACCAGUAACGAUUGAUACUUUACUAUCUACUACACCUGGGCAAACUGUAUCACCUAAUUCAUUUACACCAUCAGCAUGUGAACGACGUAUCUGUCCACCAGGUGUUGAUUAUGGUCGUCAAUAUCCUAUAUCGUAUCUUCAAUUAGCAGAACAAGGUUUCACCGCUAUAAUGAGUAGUGAAGAAUUAAAUCCUACUAUGAAUAAUGAAAAUGUUGGUCAUCGAUCUAGAUCAUUAGCAAGAUCUAAUCAUUUCAGUUCAUCACAUCAUACACCAAGUCAUCAUCAUAUAUCAAGGCGAGAUGUAGUUAGAUCAGCGACAAGUAAUUCUAUGCCGUUCCGACGUUCAAAUGAUAUUGAAUUACAAAAGCAAGUAAAUGGAUAUAGCCCACCUAAAUUGCCAAGUUAUAGUGGUACAUCGAUAUCUGUUGGAGUAUCGAACACACCGAUUUCACUAACCGGCCGACCUAAACGUGAUAUGUAUGUUCGACAACGUCAACUUUCACCUGGUUCCAGUUCUCUUGGGUCUGGUGUUAUGGGUUUUCGUCGUUCGGAACGAAUGAAUUCAUCUACACUACCACCAGGCUUAGAAAAUAUGCGCCAAUCAACAGGUCGUUAUUCCUGUCGAUCUACUCCGAAUGUAACUGGGAAACGUGGAAUGACUCAGUUAGCUGAAUCACUUGUUCGACCUCGAGUUGAUCGUACUGCUAGUCCACCAUCUGCUACACUUUAUUGGUCUGAAGCGCGAAGACUUGCUUCGUUUCCAAAUGCUCGUUUACCAGAUUCCAAUAGUUUACCGGCUAUAGACAGAUAUGAUUUUCCUGCUCCACCUUCACCAGCUGUUGUUAUGAUUGAUAAACGUCGUGAGAAACGUAUGACUGGUGUACAGUCAGUUGGUGUAGAUAGCAGAAAUGGUACUCUAAGGAAUGGAACAAUGACAUCAGUCGAUACAGACUGGACUGAUCGGGAUCCUGUAUUGAAUGCUAAAUUGGAUCGAAUUGAUGCUGAGAUUGAGACAUUGAAACGAUUAGGUGAAAGUUCCGGUAUUACAGCGGCUCUUAUUCAAGAAUUGGAAGCCAGUAAAUUACAUGUUCAUGAAACAGAUUUAGAUCCAAUUUCUGCUUCACGAUCACCGAAUGCAAAUGUAGAACCUGGUUACAAAACACGAUAUAGACGGCAUGGAUAUACAUCUCCAUCACGUGAUACUAGGAGAGACCGUCGAAGUGGUCAUAAUUUAUCCUAUCGAUUGGAAUAUUCCAGUACCGGUGGACGUUCAGGAACUAUACCGAGUUUCUCAUCAAGAUACGAUCAUGAGUAUGCAGUCAGACAACAUGGUCAGUACAUGAGAUCAACUUAUUCAGCUCCACGUCCUGGUUACACGUCUGGAAUACUUUAUGGUCGAGCGGUUAGUUUACCGCGACCAUUUAUCGGUGUAGAAAACGGUGAUACACUAUUAGAUCAAAGUACAUUGUCUGGACAUGUUCCAGUUGCAAAUUCAGGUAUACGUGGAUCUUUAUCAACAACUUUGAGAACAAUCCCAUCACGUCAUAGUUAUCAUCCAGGUGGACAUUCCAAUCAUUCAGGUGAAGUUAUCAAUGGUCCUGAUCGUACAGUCACUGUAUCGGAAUCACUGAAUACUAAUUUUAUCGAAAAUGAAUCACGUCCAAUUGGUUUUCAUGAUGGAUUAGGUUCAUUGACAACAUCAGGUUUAUCAAUGGAUGGUUUUAUGGCAGAAUCCGGUGAUGAUAUAACUAUUACUAGUCCACAUAAUGGUUAUUUUUUAAAAUCCAGGACUGUAGCUGGUCUGCCUAGUUCUGUAACAGGUCUUCGACCAGUUGGUUUACCACCACAUCAUCCUUAUCAUCAUCAUCAUUACAAAACUAGUAGUUCAGCAAUGAGGCGUGGACGCAUUAGUACUCCAGCACCAACUAGAAGUGGUAGUGGUAUGGGUUAUUUAACUGAUCCUGAUCUACUAGAUAUUGAUGCUUAUCCGUCUGUACAAAGUUGGUUAAGGCCUACUGCAUCAUCAUCAUCGAAAUAUGAAAAGUCUUUCAAAAUUUAUCCUUAUGAAAUGUUAAAAUUAUCAUCAAAUCAAUUAUUGAAAGGGGUGGAUCGAACACAGUUAGAGUGUUAUUUGUCAACGGAUGAAUUUGAACGUUUAUUCAAUAUGUGUCCUGAAGCAUUUCAACGUUUACCUGAAUGGAAAAGAAAUGAUUUAAAAAAGAAAUUAGAUUUAUUAUAAUCAAUUCAUUGAAAUAUAAUUGACAAAUGUUCCUUAAUAAAUAAAAAGUCACAUUGAUGAUAAAGAUGAUAAUAAUAAGGAUAGAAUAGAUGAUUAAAAUAAUAUCCCAAAAAGUAAUGAAACUAAUUCAUUGAUUUUAUUCAAUAUUUAAGAAUGAAUAGAACAAGAACCCCCCCCCUGCUGUCCAAGUUAAUUUCUGAUUUUAUUCCUCUUAUCAUCAUCAUCAUCUUUAUUGAAAUAAUGUAUGAACAAAACUAAGGAUUCAUUGUUGAAAUAUAUCAACUUGUCGUUUUCUUUUUUUUCUGUGUGUGUUCAUUAUGUGCACAACAUCUUCAUGUUUGUCUGUUGCACUUUAUUUUUUAUUGUAUGUAUCCAUGUAAGAGUCAGUAAGAGUUUGUACGAUCAUCAUCAUCAUCAUCAUUGUCACCAUGAUCACAACCAAUAUAUAAAUAUAACAUUGAUAGUAGUUCCAAAAUUCAAUGAUAUUGAUUCAUUUAUUCGACUUUUAUUUCGCUUUUUUUUAUUGUCAAAUUGUAUUUUAUUUCUUUUUUUCUCUUUUUUUUGUAAAAUAAAAUCUCUUUAUUUUUGCAAAAAAAAACUAAAUAUACAAUUUUCUUUUUUCUUUUUUUUCUAAAGCAAACCAACUUUGUUUUUUUUUUUCGUGUUGUAUUUUGAUUUUCUCAGUUUACUUCUUAGUUCUAAGUAUAUUCAAGUUUUAUUUUUUUGAUCCUUGGAAAUGAUUUAUAUUCAUAAUGGGAACAUAAUGAUUAUCAUUAUGAACAGACUGGUAGAUAUGAAUAUAACUAAGUAUGAUUAUGUCGAGAUUUUUGUUGUUGUUUAUUAUUCAUUGAAUACAGUUUGUAAUUCGGCUUGAGUAAUUUUAUAUAAUCGAGUGUUUAUUAUGUGUGUACAGUGCAUAUUAUUACUAUAAUCAUUAUUAUUGCUACUACUAUUAAUGCUGUGCUUCAUCUUAAACCUGGUUUUCAUAGGUAUUUACACUCAAUUAUUCACAUCGUAUGUGCCUCUCUCUUCCUAUAUAUAUAACCUGUAUUUCGUCCGUUAUUAACGGAAUGUAUCAACGUUAGUUUUAUGUUUUAUGUUUAUUAUGAUGUUCUUAUAAACUUGAACAAGUGAAUGAACCUUUUUUUUUGUCCUUCCAAAGAUAAAUUUGUUUCUUAUUCACCCUGUUCUUAUCAUUUUUCUUUGAUAGUUUCACAUGAUAACAAAUUUAUAUCAUAUUAAAGUUUGUUCGCUUUUGUACAGCAGUUGUUGUUGAAUGUGUUGAGAAUACUACUACUUAAUACAGAUUUUCAAUUGAGCAAACAUAGAUCUUUUUUUUUUCUUUUAUUUUGAAAACAAAGAUAAUGAAUUUCAUUUCAUCUUCUAGGAACUUUGAAAAUAAAAAAAAAAGAGAGUAAUCAAACAGUGAUGCAAAUGUAUUUCAUCAUGUUAUCUCUUUUCUUUUUCCUGGAAACAAAUGUAACUCUUCAUUGAUAUGUCAAUUACCGAGACUUAUUGCUCAAUGUCUUUAACGGUAUAUAUAUAUUUUACUAGACAAAAAGGUGUAUGCAUGUCAAAGAGAACAACAUUAACAUUUCACUUAUGUUUGUAAUUUAUAACGUUUGAUGAAUUCAUAUAUGCAAGUGUAAUAAUAUAUGUAUGUGAGAAAUAAUUCUAGAUUGUGUUGUCUUUAUUAUGUGGUUAACAUUGGCUAUCAGUUGUUCACAAAGUCUUUCUCUGAUAUCAUUCUUUCUUGCUCUGACUAUUUCUCUUGCCUCUUAAUUAUAAAUAAGCUAUUUAUUUGUGUGUACACAUUGCGCACAAAACGAUCUCGACUAUUCGAUUGUAUGUGAAAAAGAAACAUCUUUCAAGCAUAGACAUAUAUAUAUAUAUAUAUAUAUAUAUAUAUAUAUCUUGAACUAGAAAAGAUAAUUCCUAUACAGUGAAGAUAAUUCUCAACUUUUUUGUCUUAUUAAUUUAACUAUGUUGGUUUGCUUUAUUUAAACCUUCUUAGAAUUUCUUUAAUAGUCUUUCUUAUUUCGUUGUCAUUGACGCCUUUUCUUGUUUUUUUUUCUGUCCGUUUCGAUGCUGACUACUUACUUAUUCAUUUUGUAUCUCUUAAAGCUUAAGAAAAAAAUCAGCUUUCUUUAAUGUAUGCAAAUACUCAUUCACACGUAUACAAUUGCACAUUUAGCAAAACUAAUGGGUGGAUUCAAGUUGAUUUGAUUUGUGUGUUCUUUUUCCCCCAAUCUGUUAGAAGAUUGUGCUAAACAUACUGUGUUAAUGAUGUUGAUGCAUUUUCUUUUCGUUGAUUCUUGUUGCGUCUUUCUUUUCUUUCGGCUGAAUUUGUUUGUUAAUCUCACUUUUGUUUGUUAUUGUUGUUGUUGUUGUCUAUUUUGAUUGUCAAAUUAUAUGAAUACUGAAGAAGAAAAGAAUAAAAUAGAGAAAUAUAAUUAUCAAAAAAAAAUAGUCAGAGAAUAAUGAAAAAAAAGAAGUGUGUUUUUCUCUUCUCUUUUUUUAUCUAAAGAAGUUUAAAUCGAAUGCCAAAAAAAUGGUUUUUGAUUUCUUUAUCAUUUGCAUUCAUCACAAUUGAAAUGUUACUGCAAAACGUUUUAACUCAUUUAUCAUUCAUAGACAUCGACUUCGAAGUAAGAUGAUAAUUGAAGGUUCACACGAUUUUGUUGAAACACGAAUAGAUCAUACUAAAUAUUAGUAAAAAGAAAUAUUUGAGAUUUCAGGAAAGAAUCAAUGUUUUUUUAACACAAGUAAUCGUUAUACCGAUGAUAUUGUCAAUUCUGAAAGUAAAUAGAAACUAAUUUCGGAUUUCUAAUUGAUAUGCUAUUCGAUGAAGCUGUAAUCACUUGAUAAUCUUUACUUGAAUCUUCCCAUUGUACAUCCAGAUGACGAGUCCCAAAUAGGAAGAAACGUACGUACUGGAUUCCAUCGCUAGCCACAAUCCGUCCUUGCUUAAUUGUGAAUAUAUAUAUUCUUAGAGACAAGUUUCAAUUUUUCAUGUGAUAUAGAAAUAGUUUUAAUGAUGAUUUCUAUUAAAUUUAUAAAAUUAAUUACAGCUAGUCGUUUAUCAUCGAUUGGAAUUACUGGAAAUUGGGAAGUUGUACAAACAUAAUUCGAUUAUUAUCAAUAUGGGGAUCUGUGGAGAUUGUAGUAUUUUCACAGUUGAAUUCGGUGACCAGCUUCAAGAUGGAACUCCUAGAGUUCUAAUAUGAAGUCAUGACCAGUGAAGUCCAAUCCGUGUGGGAUGUGAGACAGUUAUUCACCUCAUACAAUGGAUAAAGGAUUGCGCAAGAUCAUUCAUCAAUUGAAGUUGGACAUGGAGCACCGCUGGAUGCCGGCUCAGUGGUCUAGACGUUAGGUGUUCGCUCGCAAUACCGAAGGUAUUCAUCUCAUUAGACAAAGCUUUAGAGUUGUAUAUCUGGGGGGAAAGUGUUCGUGAAAAUAUAUCUGUUAAAUAGUGAAUUAAAUUACAACAUGAAACUUGUAUAAUCAUAAUACAUAAUAAACGUUUCAAUAACACAAUUGAAUAUAUCAUGAGAGAAAAUUUACUAAGUUGAAAAUAUAUUACUAAUGAUUGACAAGCAAUAAGCUUGUUUUGUUUCUAAUCGUGAUAUUCUAACAUUGUUUUCUUUAACAGGAAAUGUU